GUCUUCUCCAAUCUUAAAUGCGAUUUGGAAUACAAGGCCCACUUGUGACUCUUCAACACGUAUAUUGGUAACUUCCACGAACCUACUAACUGAUAGCAUCAUAACUGAUAACAGGAUCAACAAUAAAUUCAAUAAAUCAAUUUUUUAAAAGAUAGACUUUGAUACAGGUUAAGAAGAGAAAUUUUAAGCAUAAUUCAAUAUUAAAAAACUAUUUUGUAAAAUGGUUUGUGGAAUAUUCUAUAUAAUAUGAUAUUAUCUUUUUUCAAUUUCUUUCUAAAACGUGUUCAUAUCUCUUGCAUUAUUUAACAUUGUUUAGUAACAUUAGCCUAAAUAAAAACUCGAUAAAACAAAAAGAUACCACCAAAACAAAAUUCAUCAGGGCGAGUCUCUGCCUUCAUCGUUGAGAUUCGAGAAGGAACGGUAUGUGGAGAGAGAGUGCGUUAUUGGUGAUUCUGCUGUUUCGAUUUCAGCAAAUUUCUGCUACAAAGCACUAUGUUCAUUCGUGUCUCCCUUCUUCCUGUGGCAAAGUCACCAACAUAACGCAUCCAUUCCGACUAAAAGGCGACCCAGAUCGCUGCGGCGACCACAGGUAUGAGCUCGCCUGUGAAAAUAACGUUACAAUUUUAUCUUUGUACUCCGGAAAAUACCAUGUGCAGGCCAUCAACUACAAUAAUUUCACAAUCCGAGUGGUUGAUCCCGGUGUUCGGCAAUCAAAUUGCUCCUCCAUUCCUCGCUAUUUCUUGUCUCCAUCCAAUUUCAGUGAUACCUAUAAUUACCUCGAUAUUGAUAUGGAUGCAUACCAAAUUACUCAAGAACGAUCCGAACCUACCUAUUUUAAUCAUAUAAGAAUGUACGAAGUUAUUCCAAAGCCGGUUUCUGAACAUGUAGUUUUCAUGAAUUGUAACCAUUCCGUGAGUGACAAUGGUAAGUACGUAGAUACUGCUCCCUGCGUGAAUUGGCACUCCAAAGGUUAUACAUAUGCUAUAGCUGGGGACCUAAUAUCCGAGGACUUAGAAGUUGGUUGUAAUGUAAAGCUGGUUACUCCCACAUCUUGGUGGGGUUUGCGCACACCUCAAUAUUCCUACAGUGAGAUGCACAAGGCACUAGCGUAUGGGUUUGAGAUUUCGUGGAUGAAUCGCGCCUGCAAGGACAUUUGUGCAAAUUCAAUGGAUAGGUCCUGCAUAUGGGACACUUCCGGGAGGGUUGAUUGCUCGCCCAACUGCCACAGGUUCCUGUCAAUUUUGAGUAUAUGUGAUGGCACGCCAAUAUGGUACCAGCUUUUAUUAUAUGCAAGAGAUACUAUUUAUACUGCCUGGAUAGGUCUGGUUGAAACAUUAAAAGGACAAAAAGAAUUUGAUGGUUUCGGCAACAAUAAAUUAGGUUUAAUUAUUGGACACUACGUUUUACCAUCCUUCUUGCUAGGCAAAUUUUUUUUUGGGAUGACGUUAUUUAUUGCACUAUUGAUAUACAAAUGGAAAAGUCGGCAUUUGUCCAUGUACGAAAAUAUUGAAAAUUACUUGGAACAUGCCAAUUUGAUGCCUAUCAGAUACUCAUACAAGGAAAUCAAGAAAAUGACUGGAGGUUUCAAGGAUAAAUUGGGUGAAGGAGGAUAUGGUUCUGUGUUUAAGGGAAAGUUGUCUAGUGGACCUUAUGUGGCAAUAAAAAUGUUAGGUAAAUCAACAAGUAAUGGUCAAGAUUUUAUCAGUGAAGUUGCAACUAUCGGAAGAAUUCAUCAUCAAAAUAUUGUAAAAUUGGUUGGAUUUUGUGUUGAAGGAUCAAAACGUGCUCUUAUUUACGAAUUCAUGCCUAAUGGAUCUUUGGAUAAAAUUAUUUUUUCCAAAGAUGGAAAUAUACAUUUAAGUUAUGAUGAAAUAUAUCAUAUUUCAAUUGGAAUAGCUAGAGGGAUAGCUUAUCUUCAUCAUGGGUGUGAGAUGCAAAUUCUGCAUUUUGAUAUCAAACCCCACAACAUCUUACUAGAUGGAAAGCUCACCCCAAAGGUCUCGGACUUUGGAUUGGCAAAAUUAUAUCCAAUAGAUAAUAAUGUUGUUACAAUGACAGGAGCAAGAGGAACCAUUGGGUAUAUGGCUCCAGAAUUAUUUUAUAAUAACAUUGGAAGAAUAUCUCAGAAGGCUGAUGUUUAUAGCUUUGGAAUGCUUCUUAUGGAGAUGACAAACAAAAGAAAAAACCUAAAUCCACAUGCACAACAUUCAAGUCAAUUGUAUCUUCCUUUUUGGAUUUAUAAAUAUAUUGGAAAAGAAAAAGAUAUAGAUAUUGAAGAUGUCAAAGAGGAAGAAAAGGAAGAAGUAAAGAAAAUGAUUAUAGUUGCACUUUGGUGCAUACAAUUGAAACCAAAUGACCGUCCCACAAUGAGUGAAGUAGUUAAAAUGCUUGAAGGAGACAUUGAAAGCUUGAAAAUACCUCCAAAGCCUACUUUAUUUCCAGAUGAAACAAUGUCAAGUGACUUAAGCUUCACUAGUUCUUCUAAUUCUUCCAUGUAAAUUGCACUUAAUCCUUAUAAUUUAUUGGUUUAAUAGUUCUUUUGUUUCAUGUGACGGUUUUUUUCUUCAUUUAUCCCACUGUUUUGAAUGCUUUAAAUUUGUUCUCAAAUUUUUAUAGUAUUUUCUAUCGAAUUGAUGAUAAUGACAUGCAAUGCAAACAAUGAAUAAAAAAUGACGAUGAAUAUUUGAAUUGGUUAUCAAUUGUUCAAUUUAGUCCCAUUUUACUUAAAUAUUUGUCAAUUUGGUCUCAAUUAUGUGUGUUAAUUUGAUACAUAAAAAGGAUAUGGAACAUAAUAUAUUAAACAAAAGUCGUAAUAGACUGACCAAUAGCUUUUGUUUCAUUAAUCACUUAGUAACGUAAUGUGAACAUAGUCAAUCACAAAAAAUAAGUGUUUGAUAGUCAAAUGUUGAAAAGUAUAUAAUCAAAUGACAUAAACUUUCUUUCCAAUAAUCUUUUACAAACUACUAAGCAGUUUGCCUCUUAAUAUCUAAUUUCUCCCAUCUCAUUGGUUGACUUAAUUGUUGUAUGGAUUCCUGCAUUGGCUAAAGUGGUGCGCAUGAUGAAUGUGUCAAUUCCUUAGUUGGUUAUGGUGGUCCAUGUGAUGCUUGAGGGGAUUGGUCAGUUGGUUGUGGUGGUUGUGAUGGUAAUGAGGAUUGUUGAGUUGGUAUUGUUGGUGGUUAUGAUGGUUGUGGGGAUUAAGGAGUUGGUUCAGUUGGUGGUUUUGAUGGUUGUUUGGAUUCAAGAGUUGGUUCUACUAUUUGAGGAUGCAAGGGAAAAUUAUUUUUGUUGUGGCCAACUAUACGACAUAUGCUACAAUUUUUUUUCUAUGGCCACCUUUAGUCAUUUACGACUCAUCUCUUCUUAGCUCCCAAUGCUCUAAGCUUCUUUUUUCUUUGGUUUGCUAGACAACUUUCUCUUAAAUGGUGGGAGGACGUCUAGGAAGGUUGUUGUUUUCCAUAGCAGGUGGUCAUUCACAGGAUAAAUGAUGGAAGCACAUGUCUCUUCAUACGUGGAUCGUUUGAAAUAACUUGGAAUAUAAUUUUCUAAGUCUAUAUUUAAGAACUCCAUUGCUGCAAUAAUCAUAAAUUCUUCUAUAUUGUUCUUUAAAGGAACCUUCAACUUGACAUGAUGUCAUUAGCCUUAUGUUGCGUGCUUUAGAAAUUGUAACAUUUACAGGCAAGGCAAAAUGGGUAGGUUUUUUUCCUCGGUUGUGAAUCGAGGAAAAUCGAGGCAGUAUGUCGGACUCUACUACCUCGGUUGAUGAAUCCCUUUAAGCUAUCCUUCAACUGUAUAGUCCCAUACUUAUAUAGUCUCUAGAUCCCUCGCAUCCGGUGUAUGUUUGAUUCUCUGAUACCACUUGUAACGCCCCGACAACUUACAGGGAAUAUUGACUGCCCCCACAUCAUCACCAUGAGGCUUUCCAAUGUGCUUUGUCCUCACUCGCACACUUUCCGGGAAAGCUUCCCAGAAGGUCACCCAUCGCUAAAUUACUCUAGGCUAAGCACGCUUAACCGUGGAGUUCUUAUGGGUUAGGCUACUGAAAAGCAAAUGCAUUUUAGUGAUAUGAGUAGUCAAAUCAAUCCCUUUAAGCUAUCCUUCAACUGUAUAGUCCCAUACCUAUACAGUCUCUAGAUCCCUCACAUCCGGUGUAUGUUCGAUUCAUCCAUGUGUCCCUUCCACUGGAAGCCUGCCAGGAGCCGCUCCUUGUUUGUGCCCCUUGCACUUCGUGCCUCUUGCACCGACGAUCACUCCCCGCCCUCGUCAGUGCCCGGGUGUCACACGAAACAUGAACCAUAGUUGGAGUAGAGGAAAAGGAGGUUCGUGCCUUCCUCAUUAUGAGGCGAAACGAAACGAGAAGAAAAGAAAAAGAUGAAGAUGAGUGCUUCCCCCUUCUUGUGAAGUCACGACAUAGGAGUGAAAAAGAGAACAAAACAUUGCGCGAAGAGAACCCCAAAGGUUAGAGAGAGCAGCGGCGCAAAACUUAAACAAAGGCAUUAUGUCUAAAAGUGCCUCUCUUCGCGAAAUUUAAACCUAAACGCAUGUUAUUACCUCGGUCCGUGGGCAAACCAAAGCAUAAAACGUGAACGACAUCGCUAAGAAGGAACUGGGGCAAUAGAGGUUACCAAAAUGUAUUUCGGAACGUUCGGUUUCAAAGGAUGUGUGCCUGUGGCAGGACAUACUGCCUCGGCCUGUGGGCAAACAGAAGCAUAAAAUGCGUACAACAUCGGCUAAGAGGGAACCGAGACAAUAGAGGUUACCAAAAUGAAUUUUGGAACGUUGGUUUCAGAGGAUAUGUGCAUGUGGCAAGACAUACUGCCUCGGUCCGUGGGCAAACCGAAGCAUAAAGAGCCCACGACAUCGGCUAAGAGGGAACCGAAGAAAUAGAGUUUACCAAAAUGGAUUUUGGAACGUUCGAACUGCCUCUGUUCUGAGCAGUGUAAGGAUUCAGAAAUUCAGAGAAAGUGGAAGACAAGUGUAUGCAGCUGAUUGAACCCAUCGGUUUUUGACGGUAGUAUAUAAAGGAUUUUCAAAAUUUCGUGCCACUCUCCUAUACAUGCACUUCUUCUCUCCAAGUUUUUGAAUUUCAUUUUCUCCUCAUUCUCUCUAGAAAUUCUCACGUUCUCUUCAUCUGAUUAUAAAUCAGGUCGUGCCUGAGCUUUCCUGGUGUCAAGAGCUUUCUUUUGAACCGAUCAAGUUGUUGUUUUGAGCUAGUAAGUUCAUCCUCUUCUUAGAAAUUCUGUUUUCUGGCACAUGCAAGCCAAGUUUCUGGUUGCAUGUGUUUAUCAUCUUCUUCUCUUAAAUUCUGAUCACAUUUAUGAUAUUUUGGGUGGUCUAUUUCCAUUAAUCGGUGAACCAUAUGUUUCUAGAAAUUUUGGUGGUGAGCGAGUUUCUGCAACUGUGAGUUUUCGGUCUAGUUAAGAGGUAAAAGAAGCUAAAUAAUUUAACUUGUAUGUUUAUAUGUUUGUAAUGAAUUGUAUGAUUGAUUGAAAUGCAUGUUGAAUUUAUGUUUUUGAUUGAAUGUGAGGAAUGAACUCAUUGAACUGGAUUUGAGGAGUAUUAUGCAGAAAAAGUGUUCGACCAAUAUCAAUUUGAGGAAGUGAGAGGGUGAAAAUGAGAGUUAGAGGUUGGGAGUGGUUUUUGGCGGUAAGGUGAGUUUGAACAAGGGUAUUGUGACCUGUUAUAAUCAUUAAGAUGGUAAAAAAUAUAUAAAAGUGGUAAAAUCUGAUUUUGGGUUCUUGAGUUGAGUUUAUGCAGAUUUCUGGGUGGGCUUUUGGGUGAAAUUAGGUGAAGGAAGGUUAGAGAUGUUUAGGUAUCCAUAGAUAGGUUUGAAGGGAUGUAGAAAUCAUGUUUGGAAGAUUAGAAGUUGGAAAAUAUUGAGUUUUGGGUAAAUUCUGGUGUUCUUCGUAAUUCUGCAGAAUUCUGCAGAACGCGAAGUAUGCGCUGUUGACCGCUCGACCAUGCGCUGAUUGACCGUUUGGCCAUGUUCAGGUACUCGGUCAUUAACUGGGUUCGGUCUCUUGGGAGUCUUACCCGUUCAUGAUCGUUCGGUCUUAGGUGAGUGGGUAGUUUCUUAGGAGCGCUCGGUCUUAUACUAGCAAUUAUGCUAGUGUUAGCGCUCGGUCUUAUAAUAGCAGUUAUGCUAGUGUUAGCACUCGGUCUUAUACUAUCAGUUAUGCUAAUGUUAGCGCUCGAUCUUACACUAGUAGUUAUGUUAGUGUUAGCAUUCGGUCACACCCUUGGGUAGUGAGAAACCAUUCAGUCUCCAACAUUCACAAGGUUCUGGGUUGUAUGAUUGAUGAUAUGAUGGUUGAAUGAUAUUAUAUGUUAAAUGAUGAGGAAUAUAUUUUAAGUAUUGUGGAAGAGAAUUCCAAGGUGGAAUGUCUCGUGGAUAGUUAUUGAAUUGUAAAGUAUGAAUGUGGAUAUCGUGCUAAGCUGGUGUUUAUCCUGAUAUUCUAUGAUUGCUCAUUCUCAAGUAGAGAGGAGUAACUCAUGUGUGAGAAUGACAGUAGGUCCUUUAACCUCAGAGUAUCGAGAUAAUUUUCACUGGACUUACCUUGUGGGGUAGCUUGAUGGGUGUCUUGUUGUUUUACCACCACAAGUGCAAAAACACCUGUAGCUAGACAUUCAUAUAAUCUGGAUGGUCAAGUCAGGUGUUAUUUCUAUGCAUGAUUAUAACGUUUGGUCAUAAUCACUUGAGUAUUCGGUUCGUAUAUGCAUGCUUGUAUUCGGUUUUGGUAUGUUGUAGUGUUCGGUCUUGCAUUGUUUGGACUUGUGUGAAAUGUAUGUAUGUGUAUACAAUUAAAUUACAUUUGCUUACCUUUAUUUCCUGUUUUGGUCCAUGUUUCCUGUUCGGUUCUUCUUUUGCAACGAUCACCC